UGCCCCCGCCUGUGUGGGAGGCGCUGUUGUAAACAGCAUGGAAACAAACUGAGUGUGGCUGAGGUGUUGAGCGCUCAGGAUGACGGGCCCGCUGCAGGAUGCGCACAGGCUCUCUGUGAAAACAUGGACGGACGAGGACAGUGACCGCGCUGAGAGCACGCUGAGCAGAAGACAGUCGAUAUGUGAUGACACGUCUUCAGAGCUACAGAGAAUGGCAGCGAUUGACAGGAGGGAAAUUAACUCCCAGAAUUCCUUUCGGGGCCGAGGGGCUCUGUCCAGGAUAGUCAGCAUGGUGAUGACUCUGAGAGAGUGGGCUCAUAAGAGUUUGGUGGAUGAAACGGAGCGACCCGAUUCGUUUCUGGAGCGUUUCAGGGGCCCAGCCAACAUGGACGUGCCGGGUCCUCCCAGCAGGCUCAGUCGCACAGACUCUGACGCGGAGAAUGAAACCAGGCGCAGCAGAUGCACGAUGAAGAAGUGUCAUUUAGUGGUUUUAUCCCCAUCAGAUGAUGCAUACUACUACUGGCUGAUAGUGAUCGGUCUGGCAGUUUUUUAUAAUUGGACACUUCUAGUAGUCAGGGCCUGUUUUGAUGAGCUCCAGAUGAGGAAUGUUCUGGUGUGGCUGGUGCUGGACUACAUCUGUGAUGGAGUUUAUAUCUUGGACAUUGCCGUUCGCCUCCACACAGGUUUCUUGGAUCAGGGCUUGCUGGUAAAGGAUGUGCGGCGCCUCAGAGAGACCUACAUCCACACACUACAGAGUAAACUCGACAUCUGCUCCAUCCUUCCAACCGACCUGCUGUACCUGCUAGUUGGAAUGAGCUACACGCCUCUUCUACGGUUCAACCGCCUGUUACGACUGUCUCGUUUGUUUGAGCUCUUUGAGCGAACAGAGACGAGGACGAGCUACCCAAACACUUUCCGCAUUUGCAAACUGGUUCUCUACAUCCUGGUGAUCAUCCACUGGAAUGCUUGUGUGUACUACAGCUUCUCCAAAGUUCUGGGUCUCGGUUCAGACUCGUGGGUUUACCCAAAUGCUUCAGACCCAGAAUUUGGAUCCCUGACUCGAAGCUACAUUUACUGUCUAUACUGGUCCACCCUGACACUCACCACCAUCGGAGAGACUCCUCCUCCUGAGAGAGAUGAGGAAUAUCUCUUCUUGAUAUUUGACUUUUUGGUUGGAGUUCUGAUUUUUGCCUCCAUUGUGGGAAAUGUGGGGUCGAUGAUCUCCAACAUGAACGCCACAAGAGUAGUCUUCCAAACUCGUGUGGAUGCACUCAAACACUACAUGCACUUCAGACAUGUCAGCAAGGCCCUGGAGCAGCGUGUCAUCCGCUGGUUUGACUACCUGUGGACCAAUCAGAAGACAAUCGAUGAGCAAGAAGUGCUGAGGAGUUUACCAAACAAGCUGAGAGCAGAGAUCGCUAUUAAUGUUCAUCUGGACACUCUGAAGAAGGUGCGUAUUUUCCAGGACUGUGAGGCCGGUCUCCUUGUGGAGUUAGUACUAAAACUGCGACCACAAGUUUUCAGUCCUGGUGACUACAUCUGUAGAAAGGGGGAUGUGGGUAAAGAGAUGUACAUAAUUAAAGAUGGCCGCCUCGCAGUGGUCAGAGACGAUGGCGUCACACAGUUGGCCGUGUUGACUGCGGGAAGCUGCUUUGGAGAAAUCAGCAUCCUGAACAUCAGCGGCAGCAAAAUGGGAAACAGACGCACAGCUAACAUUCGGAGUCUGGGAUACUCCGACUUGUUCUGCCUCUCUAAGCAAGACUUGAUGGAGGCGCUCCAGGAGUUUCCUCAUGCCAGAGCCCAGUUGGAGCAAAGGGGGCGGGACAUCCUGCAGAAGGAGGGGCUUCUGGAGGAGAUGAAUGUGUCUGCGGGGGAGGCCUUGGAGGAGAAGGUGGAGAGGCUGGAAACUAGCCUGGAUCGCCUGCAGACAUGUCUGGCACGUCUGCAGAGUGAGUUCAGCUCCUCCCAGCGUCGCCUGAAGCAGCGAAUGACAGCCCUCGAACAGAACAUCCCAACGGGGACCAACGGCAGCGGAUUCCUGUCUGACGCCGACGGGGCUGAAAGCUUUUCUGGCUGUGAAGGCGUACGCAGUGAACUCAACAUUCGACUGUGAAAGAAAAAAAAAUCUGUUUUUGUUUGUCAUAUAGUGUAAUUUAAAAAGAAACAUGACCUGCAAUAAUGUUUUAUUUUAAUCGUCAGUUUUUGUACUUGGAAACCUAAUCCUGCAUAACCCAUCGGGUCAAAGUUGGACGUUGUUUUUUUCUUUCUUUCUUUUAAAAAAACAAUCAUAGAAUUUUUUUUAUUACUGUUCAUUGUUAAACAAUGACCAGCAGAAAAUGGUUCAUGGGGACGAAAAACAGAAAUACUGUUGCUGAAAGUGGCAUGGUGGAACAUUCAUGCAUGGGUUUUCUUCAGGUGCUGUCCAAAAACAUGCUUCACAGGUUAACUUAGCUUUUAAAUUUCUCUGAGGUGUGCAUAGAAGUGCAUUUGUGGCUCUGCAACAGACUGGAGACCUGUUAAGGGUGGAACCCACCUUCGCCCAGCAAAUAUAAGUCCCUGAACUUUUUGUCUUUUUUUUCUGUGCACAUUUUGUGGUAUUUCAUUUGCAUGAACAACAAUUUGACCCUGAUAGUAUGGAGUCUGGAAAGAGCCAAAAUGUCAUGAUAUUUUAAUGCCACAUUUAUUUAAACAUUUAUUUAAACUAUUUUUUAUUUAAUGCAGCUUUUAGAU